AGAAUUCCAUCGUGACGCACGUUGAUACGUUAAAAAUGGCAGAUUCUUCGCCUAGCAAAGCUGAGAUCGAAGAAAUUUUCAAGCGAUUACGGGCCAUUCCGACGAAUAAGACAUGUUUUGAUUGCAACGCGAAGAAUCCAGCAUGGGCCAGUGUAACAUAUGGAGUUUUUCUGUGCAUCGAUUGCUCGGCAGUGCACCGCAGUCUGGGAGUGCAUCUGACUUUCGUCAGAUCCACCCAACUUGACACAAACUGGACAUGGUUACAGCUCAGGAACAUGCAGCUGGGUGGUAACGCCAAUGCAAGAAAAUUUUUUUCACAACACAACUGCACCACGACCGAUGCUCAGCAAAAGUAUAAUUCACGUGCAGCUAGAUUAUAUAAGGAAAAAUUGGGCCAAGCAUCUGCACAAGCAAUGCGUCGUUAUGGCACAAAGGUUUCCCUUUCUACAACAAAAAAUAAGACAAUGCUUCAUUUAGAGGAAGGCACAGAAACAAUGCUGGAAGAAGCGAAUGAGCCAGAUUUCUUCAAGCAACAUGAAAAUUUAGAUUUGCAACAAAAUGAAAUAAUUUCAACAGAAGAAAAGGCAUUCUUCACACCUAAUGUUGAGUCAAAUGAUGAUAAUACAGAUAAAGCAGAAAUCUAUUCUGAUUGCUUGGGGCCUUCCGUCAAUCUUUUCGAUCCUAUCUCAAAUGUGCAAUCUGAAAGAAAACCAACCAUAGGUGGCAGGACAGCGCAGUCCCGACGUCCUGGUGGUUUGGGGAAGAAAACCGGAAGCUUAGGCGUGAGAGUUAAGACGGUUGACUUUGAUGAAUUGGAGAGGGCUUGCAAGCAAGCGCAAGAGGAGGAUAAGGAACUCACGAAGGAGGAACAAGAGGCGAUCGACCAGCGUCUGGCCCAGCGUUAUGAGGAAAACUUGAGUCAGCAGGCUAAGAAGAUAGAGGAAAGAGCGAAGCAGCUGGACCCGUCCAAGGCCACACAGGCGGAACGGCUUGGAAUGGGAUUUAUGGCGCGAAGCGGUGCAACUCAUUCUGCACUCGGUGACAUGAAGACAAUAACACAAGAGUCGAAGGCGAGCGUGAUGUCAGCGGAAAAAGAAAAGGGAAAAUCGCUUCUAUGGGGAGAGAAAGAAAGCUUCUUCACCCUGGACGAGGUUUAUUCGGUUUAUGCUAACAACAAAACGAACAAGUCUACGCGUCAUGAGGAAGUCAUAGUUGUCGCGGAGCCGGAACCACCUAGGCGAUCAACUCCCAUGACUCGAAAUUCCAAGACCGAUGCGAAACCCACGUCUACCCUUGCCGAAGGAGAAGCUCAGAAGAAGUUUGGUAGCGCCAAGGCCAUCAGCUCAGAGCAAUAUUUUCAAGACAGCACUUCCGACAAUGCGGUGAGCUGGGAACGCAAGAACAAUUUGCGUCGCUUCGAAGGUUCAUCGAGCAUAUCGUCGGCCGAUUAUUUCGGCACCGAAGGCUCGACCCCGACCUCGCCGACGUCCUCGUUAUCCAUGCGUUUGACCGCGGGACGAGCCGGUGUUGUAGAUCUCGACGACGUUCGAGAAAGCGUACGUCAAGGAGUGAACAAGGUGGCCGGAAGACUGAGCUCGCUCGCGAACGCGGCGGUCUCCUCUAUACAGGAUCGUUAUGGACUCUAAUUAAAAUCUAUUGCAUUUUAUGAAAAAAAUUGUUACAAUACUUAUUAUCUGGACACAAUCUUGUCCAUUGUUCAGGACUGUAAAUAAAAGCUUAUAAUUGAA